UUUGAAAAUGCCUCAAAACGCUUCUAUUCGACCUUUUGGGGGACGUUUUUUAAUUAUGAGUUUGAUUGUUUCAUAAACUGAAGAAAUCGCGUCGUUCCCUCAGUCACGCAUUGUCACGUGACGCGGUGACGUCACGCUAGCGGAAGUAAACAACAGGAAGUUAGCCCGGGAGUCAGCCAAUUUGAAGCUUUUCUCUCGUUUUAAAAUGCGUCAAAGCGCAUCUAUUUGACCUUUCGCGGGACGCAGUGGCUGCUGGAUCCGUGUGCGUUGGCCGGAGUCACAGAAGUGGCCGCUGAAGAUGAACGCCCUGGUGGCUCUCUGUCACUUCUGUGAGCUCCACGGCCCGCGGACGCUGUUCUGCACGGAGGCCCUGCACCCUCCGUCCCCGUCGCCUUCCUCCUCCCAGGCGGGGGCUGCGAUGGCCGCCGACAGAGACGCCGAGCGGGAGGGUGAAGGACUCACCAUGAAGGCCCACAGCUCUGCCACGCAGAGGGGAGAAAUGUGUGAGGGGUGCCGAUCCCUGCCCGCACACCACCCGGGCUUCAUGAGUAUGGACGAGGAGACGGGCAUUCGCUUCCUGAGCCACCAGCAUCCCCGCCAGCCUCAGCUGUUCAGCGUGGUGCGCCAGGCCUGCGUGCGCAGCCUCAGUUGUGAGGUUUGUCCCGGGCGUGAGGGGCCCAUUUUCUUUGGGGACGAGCAACAUGGCUUUGUGUUCUCGCACACCUUCUUCAUCAAGGACAGCCUGGCCAGAGGCUUCCAGCGCUGGUACAGUAUCGUGGUGGUGGCCAUGGAUCGCAUUUACCUCAUCAACUCUUGGCCUUUCCUGCUGCGCCACCUUCGACUGACCAUACAGAGCCUGCAAAGCACCGCCCUCAAGGUGUUUGACGGCGAGCAAGGUGUUUGCCCCCAGAGAGCGGCAAGGAUAAACAGUGUGUUCUCACCCGCGGUGUUCCCGCACCAGAGGAGUGGCAACGCGGCCCGCUCCCUGACUUCCCUCACGCAGCAUCCCAACCUGUGGGCCAGCCUGCACUCCUCCUUCAGCUGGCUGCUGAAGGCCUGCGGUAGUCGUCUGACGGAGAAGCUUCUAGAAGGAGCUCCCACUGAAGACACACUGGUGCUCAUAGAGCGGCAGACAGAGCAAGAGGAGGAAAUGAGCUGCUGGGAAGGCGUGGAAGGAGGCGUGUCCCAGCCCCUGACGCACCAAUCAGAUAUUGAGCCGUGCCACGACGACGACUCACCUGGGCCCAGAUUUAGGUCACUCAGGCACCUGAGACAGGUGCUCGGCGCCGCCGACUUCCGGCAGGUGGCGUGGCAUGUGCUGAUGGGGAAUCAGGUCAUAUGGAGAGGGGCGGACCCCGGGCUCAUCCAGUCCGCCUUUACAGUACUCAAGUCCUUGCUGCCAGUGGGCUGCGUGCGCUCGGUCCCAUACAGCGCCCACUACGAAGAGGCCUACAAGUGCAACUUCCUGGGUCUGAGCCCCGAUGUGGCGAUACCGCCCCAUGUCAGCUCCUCAGAGUUCUCAGUGCUGGUGGACGUGCACUCAGAGAGCGCUGGUGUGAGCACUCCUGCAGACGACAAGGUGAGCGCACGAUACCAGUUGUCCAUCAGCAGCGCCAGCACCCAGCCUGCAGACAAAGGGCCGACGCUGCUGAACAAGCUGGAGGUAGCACUCUGCAACGACAACUUGUCUGUGGAGGUGGUGGCUCACUGUCUGCUGUGUCUCAAGGAGGAGUGGAUGAACAAGGUGAAAGUGCUGUUCAAGUUCUCCAAAGUGGACGGGCGUGGCCGGGAGGACACCCAGAAGGUUCUGACCCUGCUAGGGAGCACAGGGCCUGCAGAGGAUGACAACGUGCGCCUGCUCAAGUUCUGGAUGACCGGACUCAGCAAGACCUACAAGAACCACCUCAUGAUGACUGCGGUCAGACCACAUGACUCCACUCCCACUCCCACUCCCACUCACUGACACACACACACACACACACACACACACACACACACACACACACACACACACACACAGAGAGAGAGCAGGAAAGUGAAAGUGAAAGUAGACAGCAGUCCCAGUCAAUGACACAGUCACAGAGCAGGAAAGUGAAAGUGAAAGUCAGGAAUGUCAAACUUGUUUUUAUUUUUAUUGUGUUUGCUUUUAACAUGAAAUUCUAUUUUGACUUAACACGUUUGACUUGUUUUAUUUUCAUUAAAUCAUCCAAGGUC